CAGAAUGACUUCAAACAAAGAUCCAAAGCGAACAAAUCUCAAACCAGGAAUAAACCCGGUUAUUUUUAAUUUGUGAAAGACGGUGAGGCAAUAUGCAGGCAUUUAGGAACUGCAGCGUGUGUGUUAGUGGGAGUUUUCUUAAGGGCCGGACCGACUUCCUGCUUGCCCGGAGAAACAUGGCAGCGCUGCGGCUGAGUGCGGCAUGCGUGCAGCUCCUCAAGGACAGGGCCAAUGCUCUCUGCAGCAGUUCUGUUCACCAGCGUCUCCUGCGUUUGCCCGAGGUGGCGCGAUCUAAUGCAGUUGCGUUCAGUGUGGGCAGUGGGCUAUGUGCGGUUCCCUUUACCCAGCAAAUGGAAAACCUCUCACAUGAAUCCCUGAUCCGCCGGGCUUCCUGUUUGGUCACAGACAGUGCCAACACGUACCUCUCUCAGACCACAAUGGCCCUUGUGGAUGCCCUCACACAAUAUGCCAAAGCACUACAUACACUCAUUGCCCUUCAGAAACAAUAUAUAUCCUCAAUAGGAAAACUCACCCUUGCGGAAGAGGACAGCAUUUGGCAGGUGAUCAUUGGCCAACGAGUGGAGGUUGGUGAUAGACUUGAAGAAUGUAGACGCUUUGAGUCAAACUGGAUGAAUGCCAUUAACAUCUGUGAGUUAUCAGUAGAAGCAGCCAACAGUUCAGGAGCUGAACAUACAGGUACAACCACAAAGACUAAUCUGCAGGUCGCACAGUCCAAAGUGGAGGAGGUUAGACAGAUCUCAAAAGAUGCAGAGAAAAAACUGGCAGAAACUAAAGCGGAAGAAAUCCAGAGAAUGGCCGAGUAUGCCUCCAGCAUUAACAUACAUGACCUGGGGGAUGUUCCAGAGGCAUAUCUUCGUGAGGACUAAAAUAAAAGUGGAACAAAAAGAACAAAUUCUUUUUGAAUUAAUAAUUCUGUUGCAAGCAGUAAAUCUCUCGAUGAAUCCAGAAUGCACCUUGAUGUGAAAUUGCAGAGAGUGCUGGUUAUGGAAUGUUCAGACGUGUAUGCUUUUAAAGGCUUUAUUAAAUCAAGUUGUGGUUAGUAUUUAUAGAUUGCCAUUUUUAGCAAGGCAAAGAUUGUAUUAUUGUAUGACAUAUGCCAUUACAGUCAUUACAGUCUAUUUUAGCAAUAGAGCAUCUCAAGUUUAAUUUAUAAAAAAUAAAAAAUAAUAAAAAGUGAUUGAUAAUGCAGCUUGUAAAAUACAUGGAAAGUGAAUGUAGAACAGAACCAAAGAUUACUUGGAAAUCACAUUGAUUUGAUAUUUAUGUGCAUGUAUAUAUUUUCCAUAUUUAAUGUUUGUUUACUUUUAGAUGUGCAAUUGUAUUGUGUUAAUGCAACACUGAAAUUAUAUUGCAGGACUUUGUGGUGUUAAAUUGUAUAUUUCUACUAAGUUGCAGUCAGUAUUGUUUUAUAUUUUUUAAAGAACAUGUAAUAAAACAACUGUUAUUUAUUACCCUAA